AUGAGAAUUUACGAGAUUUUUUACGUAUUAAUCGUUUUUUUGGUGUUCAACACCCAGGCAGCAAAAUUUGUAAGGAAUACUCGGCUAAAAACAUGUCUACAUCACGAAUUGUCAUCAUCCUCGUGUUCACCCGUAUCAGCAGUUCCCUGUCCAACAGAAAAGUUCAGUGAAAUCUCUAAUAACACCAUUUGGAAUAUAAUUCCAGUCGACACCUCUUUGGUUCAAAAUUCGAAAGGCACGACAAAGAUUUUUAUUAAAUCCUCAGAUGGGGUCCUUUGUCUUUCGAGUGCCUCUUCAAGUGGAAUCAAAGUUUGUCCUUGCGAUCAAACGAUAUCACAACAAUGGAUAUUCAGCGGCGGAAAUUUGAUGAGUGGUGCAAACAAUGGUCAAUGUUUGUACAUUGAAGGAAAUGAUUUGGGGUUGGCCAGUUGUAACUCUGGAAUCAGCACGAUGUCUUGGGAUUCAUACUAUCUCUUUCCUGAUAUGGUCGUCAUUCAUUCAAGUCCAUCUUUUGCCGGAAAUUAUACAAAAUUGAAUAUUGGCACUUUCACCUCCUCGAAUCUUCCUCGAUCCAUAUUCUCGUCUCCAUUUUCCGUUGAGAUACCACCAGGCUUUGAACUAAUCAUUAACCAAAAUAAGAACAACUCUAUCACCUACGAUGGUGAUAUGCCACAAAUAAACGCCAUUGGUGACUUAACGUCAAUUAUAACCAUCAAACUAAAGUCAGGGAUAGUGGUAUACGAAGAACAAUUGUAUUUUGGAGCGAGUCAAUUCUAUGAUGUAGGUGACUCUAAUUCAUCCGUGCCGACAGUUGGUUCUGUCAUGGUGCCUAAAGGAUUCAGAGGCGUAGUCUGGUCUUCCUCAAAUUUCUCAGGCAGCAACCUGGGGUUGUUUGAGCCUGUUCCCGAUUUUUCCGGCGGUUCUAUCUCAAUUACGGUUGGCAGUUUGGAUCCACGUGUCAAGAUGAAUGCACAUCCGGUGGCUUUUGCUCAGCCGAGGGUACUUGCACAUGCAAACCUGGUUUUACAGGUAAAAAAUGUGAUGAAUGUUUACCUGGCUUCUGGGGUCCAAAUUGUCAAGCUUGUUCCUGUGGGAAUUCCACUCAAAAAACUUGUGAUGAUGGAUUCUUUGGUACUGGGGGAUGUAAAUGCGCUCCUGGAUUUACUGGCUUCGAUUGCAGUUGCAAUUGCGGCAACGGAACCUGUGUUGGUAAUAAAGAUCAAUGUUCCUGUAAUUCUGGCUGGGGUAAAGACGCCAAUGGCAAAUGCACAAUAUGCAAAGAAGGAAUGUGAAGAUAACACCGGUAAAUGCUCUCGAUGUUUCAAUGGGCUUCAUUUCUCGACCGACAAUCCGACCCUCUGUGUUCUUAACUCCGCGAGUUGUCCUGAUGGUCAAUUCUCUGAUGGAACAACUUGCCAGCAGUGCGAUGUUGCGUGUCAAACAUGUUACGGUGUCGGGCCGAAUAACUGUCUUAGAUGUAAACUUCCAGAAUAUUAUUUUGAAGGAAACUGUGUUCCCCUCAAAUCUUCUAACGAUGGGAGGUGUUUCACCGGUAGCAGUUCCAAUGAUACAUUUUUUGCAGAUAACACUAGAGGUCUUUGUGAAGCAUGCCCAAGCACAUGCCUCGACUGUUUUAUUCCUCAAUUUGACAGUAAUACACCACCCUCCAAGAUGCAAUGUAAUAAGUGCAUGCCUAACUUCUUUCUUGAUAAUGGCAGAUGCAUUUCAUCCUGUCCCCCCGGAAAAUAUGUUAGUCAGGCUGAUAAUUUCACUUGCAUAGCAUGCGAUAGCUCCUGUACAACGUGCAAUGGCCCAUCGGCUGAUCAUUGUCUCUCUUGCACCAAUCCAAAUUUCUUUGCAUUCAACGGAAAGUGCUCAUCGACUCCAU